AUGAUCUGCAAUUUCUCCUCCAUGGCGGAGCUGUACGUGUACACCACGUGUGUGUUUCUUGGAAUCUCGAUGCUCAUGCCGCUGAAUGCCCUCGCCUCGGCGCCAGCGUACAUGCUCGACUACUACAAGUACGCGACCCGCAACCCGAACGCAAAACCUAACAUCCCUAUUUUCUGGAACAACAUCCUCACCUUCUACAACGUGGCGUCGGUGGUGACGCAGGCGCUGGUGGGCCCAACAGUGCUGACCCCGUGGGCACGUAAGCUCUCCCUUACCUUUCGCUUCCUCAUGGCCCUGACGCUCAUGAUGGUAGAGGUGUUCGUGAUUCUGGUCAUACCGGCAGGAGGUGUAUCGCAGGUUGGCGCCAUUGUCGCCUUCUUCGUCGUGACCGUAUUGGCCGGCAUAGGCAAAUCCUACCUGGAGGCGACAUGCUACGCGCUGGUGGGCACGAUGCCGCCGAAGUUUAUGACCGCCGUCAUGUUCGGCUGCGGCUUCUCCGGUGUGAUCGCCUCGGUGCUGCAGUGCAUCAUCAAGGCAUCCAUGAAGGACACAUACGAGUCGGUGCUCCACCAGGCGUACCUCUACUUCAGCCUCGCCCUCGGCUUCAUGGCUCUUGCACUCGGCAUGGCGCUCUCGCUGCGCUUCAACUCCUACGCGCAGGAGAAGGUCGGUGAGUUCCGUGCCAUCAAGAAGGCCAAGGACGCCGCGGCAGGCCUGAACUUGGAGGAGAGCAGCGAGGCCAUCCAGCCGAUUCUGGACGACACCCCCAGUAGCAGCAGCAGGCAUCAACCCUUCAAGGGCGAUAUGGCGGCGAACACUGAGGUCUACGGUCAUAUUAUCGAGGAAGGCUCUGAGAGGGCGCGCCUCAAGGCUGAGGGCGCGGAUGACUCUGACGAGCCGAGCGAGUGCGACAAUGUGCAGGCGGUGGCUCACCAGGUCGGCGACACCCCCAGCGAGAGUAACGCUGACGACCGCAACCUAACCACCUCGGAGCAGCUGCUGCGCACGCGCGCCUGGCCCGUGGCGAAGUGCAUUUGGCCUCUCAUGAUUGCCUGCUUCUUCAACUUCUUUGUUUCGCUGCUCAUUCUGCCGUCCCUCAUUAUCCCGGUCGACCGCACAGACAAGUGGUUCGCGACCAUUGCGAUUCUGUUGUACAACUGCGGUGAUGCGACCGGCCGCUGGUUCUCUUCAGUGAAGUUCCUGUGGCCCACACGCAAGGUGCUCCUCCUCUGCAUUGCAUGCCGCUUUGUCUUCAUUCCACUGACGUUCCUUUGCAUCUUCCGGUACAUUCCAGGCCACGCGGCCCCGUACGUCUUCUUCGCGCUGCUUGGCCUCACGAACGGCUUCUUCGGUGCAAUGUCGAUGGUGCUGGGCCCGAUCGACACGCGUCUGCACACGGAGGGCCAGCGUGUGAUGGCAGGCCAACUGAUGGGCGUCUCGCUCCUCGCGGGUGCGUCCGUGUCUGCCAUGCUGGCGCUGGCGAUGGUGCCCUUCCUACCCUAA